AUGUACAACACUCCUUCAGAUAUUUGGGUUGCAGGCGCAUUUGCUGCGGUCGCAGUCGAUUUUAUCGUCUAUCCUUUUGACACGCUGAAGACCCGUGUCCAGUCCCCGGACUAUGAGAAGGUCUUCAAAGAUGCGCGCACAGGAGCUGUGCAGCGCAAUGUACUCUUCCGAGGAUUGUACCAAGGCGUCUGGAGUGUGGUUCUCUCGACGAUUCCGGCUUCUGGUGCAUUCUUUACCACAUACGAAGCUGUGAAGAGCAUUAUGUACAAUUCCUCAUCAGAAGCUCCCACGAGCAUGACAAGUGGCAGGAGGACUUUCCCGGAUGGUUCCCUGAACAGUCUUCGCUUGCCCUUCACACAUUCCCUGCCUACUCCCAUUAUGCAUGGAAUUGCCUCUUCAACCGGGGAGAUGGUAUCAUGCCUCAUGCUCACACCAGCAGAGGUACUAAAGCAAAAUGCGCAAAUGAUCCAAGGUUCCCAAACGAACACAUCUGCCAUGCGACAAGUACUUUUGCGAUUUCGACGUCAUCCUUGGCGCCUAUGGAGUGGGUAUACGGCACUGGUUGGUCGAAACCUCCCAACCACGGCUUUACAAUUCCCGCUCUUUGAGUAUGUGCGAUUAUAUCUCAUUGACCGAAGGAGACAACGGAAAGCGACUCGCACCAGCACUGGCCGACCGCCAUCGGAACAGUCAGAUCAACUAGUCGAACGGGCCGGCUUGACGGGUAUAGCUGCGGCGAUUUCAGGGACGGUCGCGGCGACAAUGACGACCCCAAUUGACGUAAUAAAGACCCGCGUUAUGCUUUCGGCAAGUGAUGCUGGCGCUUGUUCUCAAGACAAAGCUCCUCUGGCUGGUACUCGUGACAGUGGAGCGGUAUCUUCGGAGGCACCAGCAAAGACCAAACCCAGCAAGUCUUUGAUUUCUGUCGGUCGCGAUAUCAUACGCUAUGAGGGCAUUCGUGGCUUGUUCAAGGGCGGAGUGAUACGGGCUGGUUGGACUGCAAUUGCAUUGGGCCUGUAUCUCAGUCUGUAUGAAGGAGGCCGGUUUUAUCUGGAGAAUCGACGCAAGGAGCGGGACCGUGUCAGUGGAAAAUUUGGAAAGCAAACUGAUCAAGAUGAUGAAUGGAUCUAG